AGGGUGGAAAUCACAAUGUUCAAACACGUUUUUCUGACAGGACCUCCAGGUGUGGGGAAAACCACCCUGGUCCAAAAAGCCUGUGAGGCUUUAGUGUCAUCAGGAGUGGGAGUUGAAGGGUUUUACACAGAGGAGGUCAGAGGGGGUCGGAGAGUCGGCUUUGAUGUCGUUACAGUGACAGGAGAAAGGGGCCACCUGUCCAGAAUCAGAGACAACGCUCGCGCGUCUCACGGCGGACGGGAAUACAUGGUCGGACAGUAUGUGGUCGACUUGCCUUCAUUUGAAAAUCUGGCUCUCCCCCUCUUCAGAAAUGUCGGGGCAGCAGAUGGGAGCAGCAGGAAGGUGUUUGUCAUCGAUGAGAUUGGAAAAAUGGAGCUCUUCAGCCAGUCGUUCAUCAGAGCAGUGAGGAAGACUUUAGACAGCUCUUCCUGCACAAUCCUGGGCACCAUCCCCAUCCCUAAGGGCAAACCUCUGGGUUUGGUCGAGGAGGUGCGGAGCAGGAGAGACGUCAAGGUCUUCACUGUCUCCAAGGAGAACAGAAAUGCGAUUCUACAAGACAUUUUAGCGGCACUGCAGGAAUGUUUAAAGCGUGCAGCCUAGUGUGGAGAUCCAGAGUCGGUGGAAGGGAAAACCCCUGCACUUUGUGUGUGUUUCUGCUGACGCCAAGUUUUAUAUGUGUGUCAGCGCAUACACAGUUCACACAGCCACACUUUUAAGUGGAUCUACACACGCUUCACAACAGGGUUACGACCUAAGUUGAGGGGCAUCCCGAGCUGCUGGAAGAAUUGGUGUGUCACAUGCAUAUAUUUAUGGACACAAUUCAUUUUUUUCCCUUCUCAUACAGCCACAAAAUGGAUCGCAUGCUGAAUAAUUGAUUGUGAGAUGGAACACAGCGGGGGAAUUGUUCAUAGUGUGUAAAUACCCCUUACUCUGUAAGACUGCUUGGUCCUCAGAAACACUCUUUCUGUUUAACUGUAUAAUAUGGUGAUGCCAGCAGGCAUUCCUCGUGUGCAAGUAUCUGAUAUCAAUUUGUUCAUGAGGACAAGGAGUCCGUUUUUUUUUUUUUUAAUAAAUGGCCAAAGAAAGCAGU